AUGUCGCUCCUUACUCCCCCUCAAGUUAGUCUCAGAUCAUUGAUAGCCAAUCUCGUUGAUGGUGGAGAUGUGCGGUUCCCAAACAAGCUUCUCCAUGAUUUUUUAGACAUAUUCAAUCAUUUCUCUGGAUUCAACACCACAUGCGAAGCAACAUAUGUGGAAACAUUCCAAGAGGUUGACUGGAGUCCGCUUAGUGAUCCUGAAUACAAGGUUGUUUUAGUGUUAUUUCGUGUUUGCCUUUCCAUUGUUAUUAUCUCUUGUCCACUCACCACUUUGAACCGCUUGCAGAUUCUCCAGCUUCUGAUGCUUAAUCUCUUUGAGGAUCUUAUUGAUGAUCUUCCAAAAAAGUUGGGUGCUGAAAAAACAAAAACACCUAAAGAGAUUGAGGACGUCAAAAUGAGGAAGAGGAAGCUUAUUGAAAACUUUGCAAAUCGCUCUGUUGCACUGAAGAAGAAGGCUUCUCGUGAAGGCCGCUUGGGCAGGGACAUUGCCAAGCGGCCAGUUCUCAUUCGGGGCAUUGAUAUAACCAGAGAUUUUCACCAAAAUACUAGAAACUAUAAAGGUGUGCAAGAAUUGAGCACUACAUCUAGAGUCAAAUCAAACCGGAACAACUAG